UCGCAUUUUUUGGAUUUUUUUGUGCUAAACAAUUGUUGGCCUGGUGUAGUACCACCAGUUUGAGAUCUUCCGAUAUUUCACGCAAAUCAAUAAACUCUCCGCCAAUCUCGCGCUACCAGACAUUAGUUAACGUGUUGUUGUUGUUUUUGUUUUAAUAUUAUGUUAACAUUAAUAGAUUAGGCCAGCUGCUGAAAAAAAAAACUGUAAUCAUUCAUGAAAGAAAAAUAACUGCUGUGAAAUCAAAAUUGGACAUAAGAAAAAUCUACAAUUUUUUUUGGAUUUUAAUUUGCAUUUGUUGAAAUAAAACGCGGACAUAAUGGAAACUCAAAAUUCUGCUACUGAUAAACCAUCAAAUGGCGUGAGCAUGGAAAAGACAAACGGCACUACAUCUAAUAUUAAGGGCUCAACAAAGGGAUUGUUUAGUGGUGGAGAAAGUGUGACCUCGAAUGGUGGCACCCAGGUGACCCGCUCUCAGGACUCAUGGGAGGAAGUGACCAUCGAAGUGCCAUGGGGAACUGUACAAGGCAAAUGGUGGGGUAGCCGCAAUAAACAACCCAUUUUGGCUCUACAUGGCUGGCAGGAUAACUGUGGCACAUUUGAUCGCCUCUGUCCCCUGAUGCCACCUGAAAUACCCGUGCUCUGCAUCGAUUUACCCGGUCAUGGCAAAUCAUCACACUAUCCCAAGGGUAUGCAGUAUUUCUUGUUUUGGGAUGGUAUUUGUUUGAUACGUCGCAUUGUGAGAAAAUAUGGCUGGAAACGUGUCACCCUUAUGGGCCACUCAUUGGGCGGUGCCCUGACGUUUAUGUAUGCUGCCAGCUUCCCUGCCGAAGUAGAGAAAUUGAUCAAUUUCGAUAUUGCUGGGCCACCAGUUCGCAGUGUCGAACGCCAAGCCGAGACCACCGGUUGGGCUUUGGAUAAAUUUUUGGACUAUGAAACUUUGCCGGAAACCAAAGUACCUUGUUACUCAUACAGUGAAAUGAAAAAACUUGUCCUAGAUGCCUACGACGGUUCGGUGGAUGAGACCUCAGUGAAAUAUUUAUUAGAACGAGGCAUGGAAGUGGCACCACAGCAUCUCAGUACAGAUGGUUAUCAUUUUUCCCGAGAUUUACGCCUAAAAGUCUCGUUACUCGGCAUGUUUAGGGCCGAACAAGUGUUUGCCUAUGCCAAACGUAUACGCUGUAAAGUUCUCAAUAUUCGCGGUGAUCCUGGCAUGAAAUUUGAAAAUCCCCAAAUUUAUGAUGAGGUCAUCGACAUACUUAAGGAGAACGCUGAACUUGUGAUAUAUAAAAUUGUACCUGGAACUCAUCAUUUGCAUUUGGUGACACCGGAACGUGUGGCACCGCAUGUCAAUGAGUUUUUAUUACAAGCUUAAGUAGUAGUAUUAUAUAAGCUAUCCGAUAAUUUACCAAAAAAAACGAGUGAUGAAAUGAUGUGUACAUUUAUAUAUAUGUGUAUGAUGUACAAUUUAUGUAUCUAUGUGUGUGUAAAAUAUUUAGGAGGCUUGUUUUAGAUUCCAUUAGCAAAUGUAUAUAUGAAUAAGUUGUAUUAUUAUUACAAAAAAAGACAGAUAAAUUAAAAGAUUUAACUGUGAAUAGAAAACACAAAUCAAUAAAAUUGGUUGGAGGCUCUGAAAA